UCCCCAUUUUUUGGGUGGUGACGCUUAGAGAUUGGACUAUAGUAUAUAUAUACAUACCCCAUCAAUGGUUCUUGCACAUCACAAAACAAGAUAGUCAAGUCUAGCUCCAAAACCUCUCAUCCCAAUGCCUACAUCUCAGCCUCUUCCUCCUCCAAAAUAUGUAGAAGAAGAUGUGGUGACCCAAGAAUGCAAGGACUUAUUGUCCUCCCUACCUAAAGAGAGAGGGUGGGUUGCAACCUAUCUCUACCAAUACCAAGGCUUUUGGCACCACCCCAGGCAAUUGCAAGGUGUACUUUCAUGUCAACAACACUUCCAAGCACAAGAUACAGACAUCCUCCUUGUCACCACCCCCAAAUCCGGCACAACCUGGCUGAAGGCACUCCUUUUCGCUUUGGUGAACCGGACUCGCUAUCCCGACACCCAAACACACCCUCUACUCACCAACAACCCUCACAUUCUCGUCCCCUUCUUGGAGCUCAAGCUCUACCUCGAAAACAAAGUCCCCGACCUCACUUCCUUCGCAUCCCCAAGGCUCUUUGCGACUCAUCUGCCAUUCCUGUCGGUCCCAAAAUCCGUGGGGGACUCGGAAUGCAAGCUUGUGUAUCUCUGCAGGAACCCUAGGGACACUUUUGUUUCGCUUUGGCACUUCACAAAUAAGUUGAGACCCCAAAACACAGGCACAAAUUCGCUUGAAGAGGUGUUUGAUCUGUUUUGUAGGGGAGUGAGCCUCUAUGGACCCUUUUGGGACCAUGUUUUGGGUUACUGGAAGGAAAGUUUGGAAAAUCCUCAAAAGGUUCUUUUCUUGAAGUAUGAGGACAUGAAAGCAACACCCACUGUUCAUCUGAGGAGACUAGCUGAGUUCUUGGGGUGCGCGUUUUCCGCAGAGGAAGAAACCAAAGGGGUGUUGGAUGAGCUGUUGAGGUUGUGUAGCUUCGAUAAUUUGAGCAAUUUGGAGGUGAAUGUGAACGGAAAGUUGCCUUCCGGUGAGGAAAAUAAAGCAUUUUUCCGACGAGGCGAGGUCGGAGACUCCAACAAUUAUCUGACUGCUGAAAUGAUUGACCAGUUUGAUCAGAUUAUUGAAGAAAAGUUGCAUGGUUCUGGUUUAAAAUUUUAGGUCGGUCUCCUAAUGUUCAUGUGUUUUAAUGAUUACCUAAAAAAUAAAUAAAGAUUGUGUUAUAUAUUUAUGCUGUCAAAGCUCAAAGUCAACUUCCAGUUGACUGAUGCUUUGGUAGAUUUAGUUGGAUUGCUUCUUUGUUCUCUCUUUGGCUUGCCUCGGAUUGUAAUCUUCGGGUUUUCUUUCAAUAAAAUCUUACCUAAUUAUCGAAAAAGAAAAGAAAAAAAAAAUCUAUUUUAUUUAAUUUUUAUUUUUGAAAGGUUAGCAUGUAUUUGUAUGUUUCUGGUGCUUUUCGAAUCUUGUACGAAAACGGCAUUAUUAAUUGUUUAAUAUGGAUCGAUUUGUUGUA